GGUGUGCGGAUGGCAUUGAUGCCAGAUGCCUUAGUGAGCUCUUCCUCUAUGCCCUGGGCAUCCACCCGCCACGGGGGAUGAAAUUUGGUGCUAAUUUGCCCAAGGGUGUCAGAAGGAGCCCCGGCCGGGUCCCCAAGAGGUGGCAUCGCGACAGCGCCCGCCCCCCUGCCCACCGCAGAGCAUGGCCCGGCUGGACUUGGAGGAGCUGGCCGAGAUAGAGCUGCAGAGAGAUGAGGAGGAGGCAGCCGCGCUGGGCGCAGUGCGAAGACCCUCAGCGGUGGCAGCGGCUGACCAGGACCCUGCCCUGAGCUUGAGUCACCCCUUCUACGACGUGGCCAGACACGGCAUCCUGCAGGUGGGAGGGGAGGACCACCUUGGGAGACGCAUCGUCACCUUCAGCUGCUGCCGGAUGCCCCCCUCGCACGAGCUCAACCACAGGCGUCUGCUGGAGUACCUGAAGCACACGCUGGACCAGCACGUGCAGAGCGACUACACCGUCGUCUACUUCCACUUCGGGCUCAGCAGCCGGAACAAGCCGUCGCUGCGCUGGCUGCAGGGCGCCUACCGGGAGUUCGACAGGAGGCACAAGAAGAACCUGAAGGCCCUCUACGUGGUGCACCCCACCAGCUUCAUCAAAGUCCUGUGGACCGUCUUCAAGCCCCUCAUCAGUCACAAGUUUGGGAAAAAAGUCACCUACUUCAACUACCUGAGCGAGCUCCGUGAGCACCUCAAGUGCGACCAGCUGGCCAUCCCCCCGGAAGUCGUGCAGUACGAGGAGAAACGUUCUGUGAUGCUAGACAUGGCCCGCACUGUCCACGUGUGGCUGUCGAGCCCUCGAGAUGUGGCUGCUGCACCUCCCCUCAGCCUCAGAGACAAAAACCAAGGUGAACUCAUCCCCCCGGUGCUGCGGUUCACGGUGACGUACCUGCGGGAGAAGGUGAACGGGUGUGGCUGUGCCAAUAAAGCUUUAUUGAUAAAAGUCUGCCACUUGGCCCCCAGGCCCUCGGGCUGCAGUCUGCCAGCGCCCGGCCUGCCUUCCCACUUAUCCAGUGAGCAGCUUUCUGGGAGGCAGCAGCCAGGCGCUCAAGCAGGGAGGGAGCUGGGGGAGAGAGGGUUUGCUGAGAACAGCUGCUCGGCUGGGAGUAGGAGCUCCAGGCCAUCGGGGCACUGUCCCCUGCACCUGGGCCCUCCCCUCAGGGGGACUCAGGAGGGACCCCUGCCCCCCGCCCCCCGUGCCGUGGCAGGUGUGGAGAGCAGCCUGCGCGUGACCCGCUGCCGGCAGAUCCUGCGGGGCCUGCCAGACCACAACUACGCGGUCCUCAGCUACCUCAUGGGCUUCCUGCACGAGGUAUCCCGGGAGAGCAUUUUUAACAAGAUGACCAGCUCCAACCUGGCCUGCGUCUUCGGGCUGAAUUUGAUCUGGCCGUCCCAGGGGGCGUCCUCCCUGGGUGCCCUGGUGCCCCUGAACCUGUUCACUGAGCUGCUGAUCGAGUACUAUGGGAAGGUCUUCAGCACCCAGGACGCCCGCGGGGAGGCGGUGCCGGAUAAGUGGGCUCGUGGCUUCAGCGUGGCGAGGCCUCGUCAGCCUCCGCGGCGUUAA